ACCCCAAUUUAUAUUCACAUUUACAAAGUUACAUUUCAAAAUAUUUUAUGCUAACUUGCUAAGUGCUUCCUUUGCUAAAUAAAUUAGGUAAAAAAUGAAAUAAACUAUUUUAUAGAGCUGUCUUUAUAAACCAACAUUCCCACUAUUGGCUUAUAAAUACCCUUUCAAAACCACAAGGCCACCACAAACUCAUCACCGCACCAAAACCAAAACCACACAAAUAAUCCAUCUGACUAAAUUUCUUCCAAGUGAAAAAAGAGGAGAGAUGGAGUCAAUGAAGAUGAAGCUUAUGGUGGUGUUGACGGUGGCUAUUGUGGCUUUCUCAGCCGUAGGAAAGGUGGCGGCUCAGACAUCAGAGUCUCCAGCUCCAAGUCCUACUUCCGAUGCUGCAGCGAUGUUCGUCCCAGCAUUGUUUGCAUCUGUUGCUGCUUUGGCAUCUGGCUUUCUCUUCUAAAACCAAUCUCUACAUACCAUAGGGUUUGUUACUUGUUUUGCCUUUACCUCUGUUUAUUUUAUUUUUUAUCGCAUGAGCUUUUUUUAUUGUUUCCAAUAUUUGGACUACUUUAUAUUAUAUUUCUUUUAAUUUAAACUUUGAAUAUUAAUGAAAUUGCAUGAGAGUGUUUCUGUUUA